AUGUGGAGAGAAACAGAUCCAGACCUAGAAGAAGGAGACGGCAUUGAGCACCACUUUAGUAGGACUCCAACAAAAACGCCGACAAAGGUUUUGGACUCUCCUCUGCAUCAUAACCAUGAUGAGCUCUCACACCAUGAUGAGCUAUCCCGCGCAGAUACCUUCGAAACCACACUAUCGUCCCCUUCAACAUUUGAUUCUGCUGAUCCGAUGCUUUUUUCACCAUCCAAGCCACAAAAGAUUUCCUUUGAGCAUCACGUGAAAUCAUCAAAAGGACGGAAAGGCAUCAGUGCUGAUAUUCUUUGGGGAAUCUCGAAGCCAGUUCUGAGCAUAACCAUUUUAUUUCUUGUCGCUGCUGGCGCAGCGGCAUACUUGCUAAAUGGCUGGCUAGGAAUUCCCGCACUAAACGAGGAGAUUGAGAAAUUGGAAAUGCAAGUCAACCAUCUAUCGAAUGAAAUAACUAGAUUGAGUUACGAGAACGAUCGAUACGCAGCUCUCAAUGUACAGCUUAAUGAUACAGUUGGCGAGCUAUCAAAUCUGACAGUCAGUCUUAAUUCAUCGGUAGUUGAACUCGAAAGCGUGUCAGAUUCCUUGAGCGAAACGAACCAAGCCCUUACAGAAGAAGUCACUGAGCUGACAAGUCAAAACCAGGACUACGCGGACCUCAAUUCCAAUCUGAAUUCUACUGCGCUGUACUUGACCGCAGAAGUUGAGUCAUUGAGAAUCACGCUGGCACAUCUUGUUUCGGAGAACAAUGCACUUUCGAAUACGACGACAGCUUUGGAGUCGAUUCGAGAUCACCUCAGCAACCUUACAAUGGAGCAGAACGAGACUCUUAUGGAAUUGCAAGCAACAUUGGACUCCUUUACAGAGGAGAACGAUAGACUGCAAGACCUCAACUCCGAUUUGGUUUCUAUUUUGGGCUUCUUGAACGAGACAUCUCUUGGGAUUGACACUUCCCUUUCUCAGAUCACCGACUUUUUGUCCAAUCAGAUUGUCGCUAGCGAAGUCCUCGUCCUUGAGAAUCUUGAGAACACAAUGCGUCAACGAAUUGGAACCUGGGAUUGUGACUACAGAGACGUGUUCAGAGAACAAAACUAUGGUGUUGACUUUAGUGCACCCAUCACUGAGAGAAGCAGAGUUCUGGACUAUGUCGAUGGAAGGGUGUUAUCUGAACUCUGCCUAAACAGAGAUGAUUUUGACUCCUAUCUGACUUUUCAAUUCCCCGAAGGCCUGACUUCGUAUCGACUCUUCCGUGGCGUUGUUGAGUACACCUCCAAAGCUCUUGAUUUCUACUUUCCCGAGAAAGAUGAGAUUGGAUUGUCUGCUACCGCAUGGUCAGACGCAGCAUACGCCUGUAGGAAUUUGAAAACAAACUUUCGAUGGUCAGCAUUGGGAAACUAA